CUCUCUCUUUUCUGGAAGAAGGUUAAGAAUAUAGAAAUGUUGAGCUGGAGAGAGUUUCAUAAUUAUGAAGAAAAAGACCUAUCUAUAGUGAAGGUGUUAAUGAUUAUGCAGUGAGGAAGAGUCAAGUGAAGACACAGGUCUAGACUUCCUGUGAAGUACUCUUGUCAUUAUUGGGAAGUGAGCAAGUUAUCUAACCUCAAUUUCCUCAUCUGUAAAAUGGAAAUAUUGAUAGCACUUACUUCCUAGGGGUGUUUUGAAGAUAAAAUGGCAUAGGGUUUGUAAAACAUUAAAACAUCUUAUGAAUGCUAGUUAUUAUUUUUAUUUGUCUUUGUAUACGUAGUGCUUUUGCACAGUGGACUCAGUACCUAAUAAGUGCUUUAUUAAAUAUUUGUUUGAAUUAAGCCACUGUCAUUCUUGGUACCUCAAUGUCCAUUUCCGAGAAAUGAAGGGGUAAAUGGGGUUUGAUUCCAUGACCUUGAAGGGAUCUUGAAGUCCCAUGAUUUCUAGUAUCCUACUUAGGUGUUUUGUAUCGUGUCCUUGUCGGGGGCGGGACCCGCGUGGUCAAUGCCCGUGAGAUUGCACAAGUGAGUGCCUGUGUUGCAGCAAGAUGACCUGGCCGUGAAUCCGGCCUCUGGGAUCGAAAAAGCAAGAGACGGUGCUAGCAAUGCUUUGGGGAGUACGCAGGGGAGUCACAUGCCGGAUGACUCGCAAGGUAACAGUAACUAGAGACCAGCGCUGCGCUGAUAGGAAGUCAGCUUUUCCUGCUGUGUUGGCGAGGUAGGGCGGGCGCGCGCGCACGAGUUUGUACCUUCAGCAGGACCGGCCCUCGGCUUCCCUGCGGUGGCCUUUCCUCCUCCUCUUCCUCCUCUUCCCCUCUCCUCCUCCUCUUCCUCGUCCUCCUCCCCUUUCUCCUCCCGCCUCCGAGGAAGCCCUCUCCAGCGCCGCCGAGGGUUACUGCAGCGGCAGAUUCUAGGCCUUGACCAAAAGUAACAUGAGCUGAGUUGGCUGUUUUUUGGAUAGGCAAAGAAAGAGAGGCACAUUCUCCUGAAGAUGGUGUAAAGUUUGAAGAAGGUUAGUCUGAGAUUUCUCUUCAUCAUGGCUUAUGACCUUCCACAAGACUCAGCUGGGGCACCUGGACCCUCCCUUACUUCCUUUUCUGACUGGAACACCCUUGUACAGGAGGAUACUGCCUGCUUGGAGAGAAGAGGACCCACCAAUGGCCAGCUCCUUAUGGUCCUAAGUACUGAAGCAGCCUCCUUUAACUUAGAAGUGUCCCAGGAGAAACUGAAGACCUGGGGGAUCCAGGUGCCAACAGAAGAGUACAAGAAUUUGAUUGAGAAUGCCAUUUUAGAUCCCCAAGUGAGAAGAUUCAUCUUCUAUAACUCCAGGCCUUUUCAGUUGGCCAUUGCUGUGGUUUUCUACAUAGCAAUGUGGGCUAAUCUGUAUUCCACCAGCCAGAUGUUUUCUUUGGGAAGACACUGGGCAGCUGUGGUUCUUGUGACCCUAGGCACUGUAUUAGCUACUGUCAUUCUCAUUCUCAUCUUUGAUAGGCACCAAAAGAAGGCAAACACGAACACAGACCUCCGUCUGGCGGCUGCAAAUGAAACUUUGAUGCCGUAUCACAUGCUCCUGGGAGUGACUAGUGAAGUGGAGGGCUGCCAGACUGUACUGCAGCUCUGGUUUGUUUACUUCCACUUAGAGAGUUGCCUCCAAUCGUUAUCAGAUUGUAUCCGAGAACUGAAGACCAACCAAGAGUCAGUACUAAAACACUGCCUGAACCAAUACCAAGUGGUCGUGGAGAUGGUGGUGAACCCAGCCCAGGAAGAAGGAGAAGAGAAUGAGAGGUUGGCUGAGGAAGCUCCUCUGCUGCCCGCUGGGGGGAUGGAGCCACGGAAGGCAGUGGUCACCCGCAUGGAACUUCGCCACCUCAUUCCAGAAGCUGCACCAGAGGUGAUGGCCCGGCAGAUGCUGGUGGUCUUUGGUGGAUUAUACAUCAGGCUGUUGGUAACCAAUCAGCUCCCUGAGACUACAGCGGCAUCAGGGCAUGCAGACUCACUGCAGGGCCCCUGCCCCUGCCAGUUCAUUGAGACUCACAUCCUAGGGGCGGGGAGCUGCUCCCUCUUGGCGAGGUGAUGGCUGCAGAGGCCGGAGUGCUGGUCUGGAAGAAGGACCCGAGGUGUAGAAUCUGCUGCCAAGGGAAGCCCAGAUUCAAGCAGCAGCCUGGAGGGGCCCUUGACACCCGUCACCGUGUGGUACAGCACCAGUGGGAAGGAGAAGUCGGCAGCCCAGAUGGCAUCCUCUGCCUAUCUGCAGAGUAUGUUGAAAUAGCUCUUCCAACUGUGAAAUUGAACACUGUGGUCCAAGCUGCAAAUGUUUCUGUCGCUAGUUGUGAACGGGCUCAGCUUCAAGACUCAAUCUUUGCUUUGUUUAUUCCCAGACACUAAAUUGAAGGGUUUUCCUCUGAAUUACAUAGGCCUCCUAUGGGUAACCUGGUGGCAGCCUGUGUCCCACUAUUGCCCAUCGAAUAGUAUCUAAGCAUGGGAAAGUGGAAAGAAUUCUAGAUCUGAGAUCAAAGGAUUUGGGUUCCUGUACUUAACUUCUCGGGGGACCUUGGAUAUGCCAUUUCAUUUUCUCCCCUGUAAAAUAAGAGGAUUGGGUUGGAUGAUCUCUAAAAUCCUUUCCAACUCAGAUUCUUGUGAUCUCCUCAUCCUGGCAUUCAAGCAUAAAGCGUAAGAACGCUUAUCUCCCACUGUUGCUCCCUUAAACACAUUAGCUGACUGGUUUUUCCGCUCAGCACCUUUGUUCAUGCCUUUCUCCCCAUUUGGGAUGCUUUUCUUUUUCUCUCCCUUUCUCUCUCUACUUUGAUACCCAUCCAAAUUCUAUCUCUCAAGGUGACGGAGAAAUUUUGCUUUUGGCUUAGAUGGGGUGAUUUCAGCUAAGUUUGACUUGAGGGAGCUCUAGGGACUUUCUUUGGAGUGAGAAGAUUGGAGGAACAGGUGUAUAGGGACAGGUCUGACAUAGGAAAAUGAGAUCUGGUCUGAUACCAAGAGAUCAGUUUUGCUUUAGACCCAGCUCUGUUGAUUUCUCUCUUGGAAAUUCAGUUUUCCCUUUAGUGCAGUAGAUAUAAUGUCUUGCCUGCUCUUGUGGGGAUUGGGGGAAUGGGAUAUAAAAAUGCUCUCAACACUGUAAAGCACCAAUGGAGUCUUUAUUUGUGGGAUUCCUGUUGUCAUUUUUUUUUUUUUUUGUCUUCCAUAUUUAGGACAUAAAAGGAAAUGUUUCCAAGGCAACAGAGGAGGGGACAUAUUCCCUGUCAGUCAGUCAGUAGGCUACACUGAGAACUCAUUCUGCUGACAUCAUCUUGGGUUUUGUGUCAAAAAAGAGAGAAUUAUUCAUAAAGGUAGAGACAGCUGCAUUACUACUGAUGAGUACAAGGGGCAAAAAAAACAGAUCAGACCCAGGUGUCACCUACAGAGAUUUAUGUUUCAGGUCUAUUAAUGAGGACAAAAUGUUAAAUGGCCAAAUGAUCAUUUUUCAAGUUGAAUUUCUUUAUUAAACUCUCCUGUGAAACCAUGA